AUGUCGUUUUUUAUUGUUUUCUAGAGUAUUAAACUUGCUAUAGCCUUAAUCCUUUAAAAUUAUUCAGUAGUUUACCCAAUAAUUGGAAUGGUAGGAAGCAGUGCUGUUACAAAACUCUUUAAUAUUAAAAAAGAAUAUCAUUAGCCAGCGUUAAUCAUGUUUAUCAACAUUUCUUAUACAAUUUAUAUACUCUUUUUUGAUCCCCACUCAUAUGUUCCAACUAUGUAUUUUAGAGGAGCUCAUUAAAUGAUGAUAAAUGUAAUAAAUAUCAUAGGAUCUGAGUUUAUAGAUUCAACUUUGUCCCUUAUUGUUUUGUACUUUUUGAGAUUACUACACUUAAUCUAGAAUAGUGAAAGUGUUGAAUUCACAUCGAUCUUAUUGGCCAUAGGAUCCAAUUUAUCAUUGCUUCUAAUUGUCUAUUUAUAUCAUAAAGCAAUAAGAUCAUAAUUCCUCUUAACUCAGGUUGAUUAGAGAUGGAAAAAAGUUUAAAGUCGAUUCUAAAUGAUUCAAAAUUUAUAUUAAUAAAUUGUUAAAUUGAAAAAUUUUAAUACUAAAAUGUCACAUCAACAUUUUCACAAACAAUUCAUCAAAUGA